AUGGGUCAGGAAGGCACUUGUACUUUAGCCAAACGUCCUCGAAAACAUAAAGAUCUUGAUAAGCAACGUGAUAGAGAAUAUAUUGAACGAUUUAAUUGUACUGGUGUUCUAAAAAUAUUACUGGAUAUGGAAAUGAAUGUAGCAACAAUCGAUCUUCAGCAUAACUUACUUCAUAAGCGUCCGGAUAGAUUUAACACAUCUGAUGAUAUUAAAGCUGAAAUAAAAAAAAACCUUCAUCAAAUGCCCACGGAUAUUUUCAGACAGUUAGAACAGCAAAAUCCAAAUCUAACACAAAAACAAGUUCAUGCAUGGUGGACUUAUUUUUUAAGAAAAGAGUACAUUCGUGAUGAUAAUCAAUUAAGUUCUACAAAAAUAUUAGUAGAAGAAAACGAAUGUAAGGUUAUUUUAAGCAACAAUCAAAAUAUUCAAUAUUUGGGGUUUACAACACCAUUUUUUAAAUUAUUAAAAAACAAUGAAGAAAUAGUCACAGAUGCUACAUAUAAAACAAAUGCUUUAGGAUAUGAAUUAUAUUCAGUCAUUGGUCACUAUAAUGGUUCUGGAUUUGCACUUGCAUAUUUGUUUAUCAAGGGGUCUAAAAAAAAUGAUG